UGCAACACAUAAAUACGAGUGUUUGCUUCAAGGUAAUGUUGAAGAGCAUUCACCGUCACAUCAGAGAGAGAGAUAAGGAAAAUGUUGUGCCCAAGGGAUAUCAUUGUUUUUAUCUCGUGUGUGGUCCUUCUCAUUGUCCAAUCAUGUCAUGGUUCUGAGAUUAUUGGAGGGAAAGAAGUGGCUCCCCACUCGCUGCCUUUCAUGGCUCUGAUGCAGCCUCCGCACUGUGGAGGGACACUGAUCCAUCCAAAAUGGGUCCUGACUGCUGCCCACUGUAAAAACUUUACGAAAGUGAUUCUGGGAGUGCACUCAAUCAAAGGAGAUGUAAAAGAUUCCAGGCAGGUCCGCAAGGUGAAAAGUUUUCCUCAUCCCUGCUAUGAUGCAACAGACCACAUCAAUGACCUCAUGCUGCUCAAGCUUGACAAACCGGUGAAGCAAACCAAGACGGUGAAAUGUCUCCCGUUGGGGGACACCAUCAAAUAUCCAACAGCUGGCACCAGCUGUCUGGUGGCUGGAUGGGGAAAAACAAACAACAUCGCCAAGACUGUUUCAGAUGUCCUGAGGUCUGUCAAUGUCACCGUGAUCGAUAGAAUGGAGUGCAACUCUCCUAAGCAUUACAACCUGAACCCUUUUAUCACCAGGGGCCAUCUAUGUGCUGGUUCAGUAGUGAAAGAAGCGGCUGAUACCUGUGGGGGGGACUCAGGAGGCCCACUGUUGUGCAAUGGAGCCCUGGUCGGUGUCACUUCUUUUGGAAAGAAUUGUGGCAUGAAAAAAUUCCCGGGUGUGUACUCUUUUCUCUCAGAAAAACAAAUAAUCUGGAUCAAGAAGACAAUGAAAAAGUCUGAAAUAUAAUCUACCCAGUUCGUUAACAUCUAUUUAUGUGCUAAUAGUAUGCUACGUUCACUUUAUCCUCCUUACUGUAAAAGGAAGAAAUGUACAUUAUAUGUUUUCUUGAGGGAUUUUUCUAAAUCUAUGUAGAAAAGCGCUAUAUUUUCUUCAGGGGAAAGCAAAACUCCAAAGCAAUCCGCCAACCAGACAGAUUCAGAAGCUUAAAUAGACUAUAGCUCAAGUCAUAUGGAUAUAUUUUAUAAUUAGGUUGAUUCUCAGGCAUGUCCCUUUUUUUCCUCGUCAUUACAACUGCAUGAAAACCCAAAACCAAUUAUAUUUAUUCUUAGACAUCCAUAUUUCUUUCUUUCUUAUUUUCAAGAUCAACAUUGAGAUUCAAGGCUUUUAUUGUCAUUUGUACAUAGCUAUGUCAAUGAAAAUCUUAGGUCAAAGGCUCCUCCAACGGUGCAACAUAUUCGUAAUUUUGUAUUACUAUUAGAAUAGGUUUCCAUUACAGAAGCUCCUGUAGUUUCAUACGUUCAUGGCAUCAAAGAUUUGUGUUUCAGUUCUCUGUUCUCAGGUUGUGUGAGCUCUGUGUCUAAAUAAAAA